AUGGUUGCUUCUGCGGAAAAGAAGGGAAAGGUCAUCUUGGCCUACUCUGGUGGUCUCGACACCUCUUGUAUCCUCCUCUGGCUCAUCGAACAAGGCUAUGAGGUCGUGGCUUACAUGGCCGAUGUUGGACAGGAGGAGGACUUUGAAGCUGCCCGCACCAAGGCCAUGAAGUGUGGUGCCGUCGGCUUCCACCUUGCCGACCUCAAGCGAGAAUUCGUCGAGGAGCUCAUCUACCCUGCCGUCCAAUGUAACGCCAUCUACGAGAACGUUUACCUUCUCGGUACCUCCCUUGCCCGACCCGUCAUCGCCAGAGGCAUGAUUGAAGCUGCCGUCAAGGAGGGUUGUGACUUUGUUUCCCACGGCUGUACCGGCAAGGGCAACGACCAGGUCCGAUUCGAGCUCGCCUUUUACGGUCUUGCCCCCAACAUCAAGGUCAUUGCUCCCUGGAGGUUGCCCGAGUUCUACGAGCGAUUCGCUGGCCGAACUGCUUUGCUCGAGUACGCCGCCAAGAACGACAUUAUCGUCACCCAGACCGCUGCCAAGCCUUGGUCUACUGACGAGAACCUCUUCCACAUCUCUUACGAGGCCGGUAUCCUCGAGGACCCCAACCAGACCCCUCCCGACGACAUGUGGAAACUCACCACUUCCCCCGAGAAGGCCCCCGAAACACCCGAGCGAGUCGAGAUUGAGUGGUCCAAGGGUCUCCCUGUCAAGGUCACCUACCCCGCCGAUGGUACCGUCGUGACCGACGCCGUCGACAUCUUCCUCUCCCUCAACCAGCUCGCCCGAAAGCACGGUGUUGGCCGUAUCGACAUUGUCGAGAACCGAUUCAUCGGUGUCAAGUCUCGAGGAUGCUACGAGUCUCCCGCUGCCACUAUUCUCCGUGCUGCGCACAUGGACCUUGAAGGCCUCACCCUCGACCGAAACGUCCGAGCUAUGCGAGACCAAUUCAUCACCACUGGUCUCUCCCAGAUCCUUUACAACGGUUUCUUCUUCUCCCCCGAGCGAGAAUUCAUCACUGCCGCCAUCCCCGCUUCCCAGAAGACUGUCAACGGUCUCGUCAGGCUCAAGCUCUACAAGGGCAACGUUGUUGUUGAGGGCCGUGACGCCGACGAGGGUCUCUACGACGCCAAGUUCUCUUCCAUGGACGAGAUGGGUGGCUUUGAACCUACUGCUACCAGCGGUUUCAUUGAGAUCUCUAGCAUCAGGAUCAAGGCUUGGGGCAGGGCCAACAUCAAGCGAGGUCAGGACGGUGUCUCCCCCAAGGACGUCUACCACCGAGAAUAA